AUGGAACUCGACCCUCUCCUUAGAGCUUUGCUUCACUUUAGGCAUAACAAUAUUGAAGAAGCAAUUAAAAUUUGUAGUGAAAUACUUGAGAAGAAUCCCUGUGAUCAGGCAGCUUGGAGUCUGAAAUUAACCUGUUUAACAGAAAAGUUUUAUGUUGAUGAAUUGGAAAAUGACGAACGUGGCGUUGCAGAAUUAUUUUUGGAUGAUACUGUAUUGGCAUCAAAAGCUAGACCUGGCACUUCUUUAUCCAAGCCAAUCACUUCAGGCCAAACAUCCAGACAAGCUAUUAGACCAACUUCAAGUAGUGGAAGACCUAUAAGCGGCAUUUUACGACCUGAAACACAUAUACAACCAGGUACCAUGGAACAGACUUUACGUAUAUCAAGAACUUCCAGAACUACUCGUGCCACCUCAUCUAGCUCUGCUAGAUUUACUCGUCUUGCCACGGUAG